AUGGGAAAGGAAGAAGAACAUUUGCCAUUGUUUGAGACGAAGAGAGCCAAAGGAAUAGUCCUAUAUAGGCUUUUUGCAGCAUCUGUAUUUGCAGGUAUAUGUUUGAUUUUGGUUUAUAGGGUGAGCCACGUACCAAAAGCAGGUACAGAUGGAAGGUUUGGGUGGAUUGGAUUGUUAGGUGCUGAGAUAUGGUUUGCUUUUUACUGGCUCCUCACUCAAGCCUCUGGGUGGAACCCUGUUUAUAGGCACACCUUCAAGGACAGGCUCUCUCAAAGAUAUGAGAGUGAGUUGCCGGGGGUGGACAUAUUCGUGUGCACGGCAGACCCCACCAUAGAGCCACCAAUGAUGGUGAUAAACACUGUUUUAUCAGUCAUGGCUUAUGACUACCCACCAGAGAAGCUGAGUGUGUAUCUCUCAGAUGAUGGAGGCUCAGAAAUUACAUACUAUGCCCUCUUGGAAGCUGUUGAGUUUGCCAAACACUGGACACCAUAUUGCAAGAAAUACAAUGUGGAGCCAAGAUCACCUGCUGCUUAUUUUGUCUCAGUACCUGCUGGUGAUGCAGUUGAAGAUAAUCAGGCUAAAGAUUUCGUAGUUAUUAAGAAAUUAUACAAGGACAUGGAGAAUAAAAUCGAAAAUGCAGUGAAGCUAGGCCACAUCUCAGGAGAAGUACGAUCAAAACACAAAGGCUUUUCUCAGUGGGAUACAUAUAAAUCGCGACAUGACCAUGACACCAUUCUUCAAAUAGCAAUUGAUGGGAGAGACACCAAUGCAGAUGAUGUUAAAGGGUGUGGGUUGCCAACUUUGGUGUAUUUGGCUCGAGAGAAGAGACCCCAGUAUCACCAUAACUUCAAAGCCGGUGCUAUGAAUGCUCUGAUCAGGGUAUCUGCAAACGUUAGCAAUGGGAAUGUCAUUCUUAAUGUAGACUGUGACAUGUAUUCAAACAACUCCAUGGCCAUAAGAGAUGCACUUUGUUUCUUAAUGGAUGAAGGGAAAGGUCAUGAGGUUGCAUACGUACAGUUCCCACAGAAUUUCGAAAACCUUACUAAGAACGAAUUAUAUAGUUCAUUUCGAAUAAUCAGCGAGGUGGAAAUGCAUGGUUCGGAUGGUUAUGAGGGCCCUAUAUACAUUGGAAGUGGAUGCUUUCACAGAAGAGAUACUCUUUGUGGAAGGAAGUUCAUCAAGGGAUCUAGGAGUGAUAUGAAGUGGGAGAUCAGCAGAAAAAGAGAAGAAAGUGGCAUUCAUGAAUUGGAAGAAAAUUCAAAGAGUCUUGCAAGUUGUACAUUUGAACAGAACACUGAAUGGGGAAAAGAGAUGGGAUUGAAAUAUGGAUGUCCAGUUGAAGAUGUGAUAACAGUAUCGAUUCAAUGCCGUGGAUGGAAAUCGGUGUAUUGCAACCCAACAAGAAAAGCUUUCUUAGGAUUGGCUCCAACCACACUGCCUUACACACUUGUGCAGCAUAAGAGAUUGUCAGAAGGUUCUCUCCAGAUUUUACUUUCUAAGUACAGUCCGGCUUGGUAUGGUCAUGGAAAGAUAAGUUUGGCCCUUCAACUUGGAUACUGUAUUGUCUGCUGCUGGGCUUCCAAUUGCUGGGCAACCCUAUUUUACUCGAUUGUCCCUUCACUUUACCUCCUUAAGGGCAUUUCCUUAUUUCCACAGAUCUCAAGUCCAUGGCUCAUACCAUUUGCAUAUGUGAUCAUUGGCAAGUAUACUUGGAGCUUUGUGGAGUUUCUGUGGUCUGGUGGCACAAUCCUAGGUUGGUGGAAUGACCAACGAAUGUGGCUGUACAAGAGAACAAGCUCUUACCUCUUUGCCUUCGUUGAUACCAUUUUAUACUUCCUGGGAUAUACUGAUUCAGCAUUUGCCAUAACAGCCAAGGUGGCUGAUGAAGAUGUGUCGCAGCGAUACGCGAAAGAGAUUAUGGAAUUUGGGGCCUCUUCUCCAAUGCUCACCAUAUUGGCAACACUUGCAUUGUUCAAUUUGUACUGCUUUGCUGAGUUUGUGAAGGAAGCGACCACUGGAUCAAAGGGCAUAGCACAAGUUUUUGAGACAAUGGCUUUGCAAAUUCUUCUGUGUGGGGUUCUGAUCCUCAUCAACAUACCUUUGUACCAAGCACUUUAUCUAAGGAACGACGAGGGAAAGAUGCCGGCCUCCAUAGCAUUUAAGUCAAUGGCAUUUGUUCUAGUUGCUUGUACUUGUUUUAAAUUUUCAUACUGA